GGUAUUGUUUACCACUUGAUGUUUUUGAAGUACUGAAAGAAAUAGAAUUUAUUCAGGAAAAUGAAACUUUCGUCGUCUCGGUGUGUUCAUUCCUAAUUCUGCAAUGACGAAAGCCAGCUAUUCCGUUUGCUGUAGCCUGUAAAGCAUCAUAUUUUAUAUUACAAAUUUAUGAAUAUUGAGCCCCUAAUGGGAUGUAGGAUCAUUUUUUUUUCUACAGUUAAGAAUUUGUUUCAUACUCUGUGAGGUUGAAGAAAACAUAGUCUAAUGAUAAAUCAGAACAAGAGGAAUAACAAUCAAUUUAGGAAGUUAGUUUUAAUGUAUAAUUUUGGACUCGAAUUAGACGAGAAGUAAAAGUAGAAGAUGUGUUAAAAACUUUAUUUCAGUGCUGAUCAUAUGUUAAAACAAAUAAAACAUAACCGUCUGUCUGGUACAGUGCCGUCCUACUGAAUUAACAUGCAUUUAUUCUUUUUUAAGAUUAAAUUAUCUCGAGCGCACGACAUCUUAUCUCGAGCGCACAACAUCUUAUCUCGUGCGCAAGACAUCUUAUCUCCAGCGAACGUCAUCCUAUCUUGAGCGCACGACAUAUUAUCUCGAGCGUACUACAUCUUAUCUGGUGCGAAAGAUAUAUUUUCUCGAGCACGUGACAUCUUAUCUCGUACACUCGACAACUUAUAUUGAGCGCACGAACUCUUAUAUCGUGCGCACGACAUCUUAUCUUGAGCACAACAUCUUAUCUAUAUAUAUUAGGGUCCUGUGUGUGUAUUUAGGUCAUCAGUAAAAACAUACGGAAAAGUAGGUGAUUAAGGUCCCGCGUAUUCAACCUUCCCACAAGUACGGUACAAGGUUAUCACAUCAUUUUAGAGAGUAGUGCACAUAAUUAGUGAUCCUAUCUUCAAAUUAAACGAAUAUAAUUAAUGAUACUUACUGCAUGUUAGAAUAGCAACAAAUCGCAGUUCGACUGAUAGCAUCAAUUCGCAUAUUGCCAGAAAAGUUAUAGAAUUGCAUGCAUGAAUUAAGGGGAAACGGAGAAAUUUUUUUUGAUAGACGAACGAAGCCUACGUACUUUAUUUUGCCAAGGACUUAAAUUUAUUCUUUUGCGUCAUCACUGAAUUUUUGCUGCCUUUUUUAUCAGUUUGUGUAUUUAAAUUACUACCCUGCAAACCCGUGAAACGGUUAUAAGUUUAAACGAAACAAAAGCAAAACCGGUGGCAGUCGUAUGUUUUUACUGAUGAUCUGAAUACAAACAAAGGGCCUUAAUAAAAAUAAAAAUAUAAGUAAUGAAUUUAGCAACUGAACAGUCAUAUAAUAUCUACAGAUGCAUUCUAAUUCACGGCAUUGUUACCAUUUAUUUAAAAAAAAUCUUUAUAGUGUGUUCAUUCAUUAGUAGACACUUGCUUUUGCGCAGGCAUUUACUCGAAAAGAAGUCCCGCGCUAACAAGCAUACGUUUACAGUAUUCACUUGCGUAUUGAUUCCUAAUGUUAUGCCGUGUCGAUUCGCUUGUAAAAUUCAACUCGCUCAAUAUCAUAUCUCAACCCGUCUUUUAUCAUUUCAUGCAUGAAUACAGAACACUGUUUUUUGUGAAUCAAUAUUAUUAAAUUCUCGUCACAAACAAUGGUUUUGUAGGACUGCAUUACAUAUGCAGGUUAGGAUUUAUGUUUAUAUUGGGGUUAACUGGCCAAAGCCUUCGAUGUUAUGCAAAUUAUUGCUCUAAACAGAUCAGUUGAAGAGUUCCGGAUUAAUUAAAUAACCAAAAGUUAAUGGAUGUGUAUUCUCAGUGUUUAUGAGAACCAAUUCUAGAGCCAGAAAUGACUGAAAGACCAGAUGGAGGAUGGGGAUGGGUUAUUGCUAUAGCAACGUUUUUGACCAAUGUUAUCGUGGACGGAGUGAAAUAUUCGUUUGGAAUAAUGUUUGUAGAACUAGUGGAAACGUUUCAGAAGAGUAAAAGCGAAACAUCAUGGCUUAUGUCUAUCCAAGUUGGAAUAAUGCUGCUAUCAGGUCCAGUCGUAGCUGCUUUAGUAAACCGAUUUGGAUGUAAAACGAUCGCAUUGACAGGGACUUUUAUAAGUUUUACCGGAUUUUUAGCAAGUACAUUUGUCCACUCCUUGUAUAUAAUGUACCUAACAUUUGGGUUACUUGCAGGGCUUGGUUUUGGAAUGAUGGUGAUGCCAGCUGUUGUGAUGUUAGCACGCUAUUUUGAUAAGAGACUGGCUUUUGCCUCCGGGAUUGCAGCUAUGGGAUCUGGGUUUGGGACGCUUGUUUUUAACCCACUCAGUAAAGUCCUAAUUGAUAAGUAUACCUGGCGUGGAACUCUUCUUAUUGAAGCCGGCAUUGUAUUAAAUGGGUUAGUGUGUGCGCUCGUUAUGAAAUCACCAAAGAAAAUAUCAGAAAAUAUGUACGUAAAUGAAGAGACUAUUAGAGAAGAUGACAAAGAAACUAAAUCGGUUCCUGCGGUUGACCAGUAUCAUGGUGCACCAAAUAACCAUUCGGUUGAUGCACAAGAAUUGCUGGAUGUAAACAUUAGAUCUAAAGUUGAAAACGUAGAAACAAAUACAUAUUCACAUAUUGUUCAUAAGCCAAUAAAGUCCUGUAAGGACACAGAGGACCAUAUCAGAUAUAUUGAGAGUCCACAUGGAAACACAAUGAAUUUAAAAGAAGAUACAGAUCAAGGCGAAGUAAAAGAAACAUACGAAACAGAUGUUGAUGUUACCUUUCCUUUAAUAACAACUACAAAUGAAAUUAUGAACAAAGUAAAUGACAGCCCAUUGAGUAUUUCAGAUACAUCAAAAUGUGAAAACAAAUGUUCAAAAGAAAAUGAUCUUACCACAAUGUGUGCAGACAAUGAUGGUAAAAUCUGUCAAGAAAGUUCAGUUGAAGUUUUCACGAGAACAGACACUACGAAAACGGUCAAAAUUCACAAUACAGAAGUGCCAUCUAUUGAAAUGAAAGAGGAAACCAAGUUUAUUAACUACACAAAUAAGACAGAAAACGUUGAUAAUGAAAAAUGUGAAACAGAUAACCGGCGAUGGUUUAGUUUAGCACCACUAAAGAAUACAGGAUUUCUUGUCUUCCUUCUAUCUGGAAUUCUUAUUGAGAUGUCAUUAAACACGCCAUUUAUAUUCUUGCCUGAUAUGAUGCUUCAUAAGGGAUUUGAAAAACAAGAUGCUGUUUGGAUGCUUUUUAUCAUAGGUUUGGUCAGUACUCUAAGCCGUAUUGUUAUUGGUUUCAUUGCUGAUCUACAAUUUGUGAAUCGUGUAAAGUUGUGUAACUCCAUCGUUGUUCUCAACGGAGUUUUUGUCGUCUUAUGCCCUUUCUGCUCCAACUACGCUUCUUUUGUAGCGUUUUCUGUUCUGUUUGGAUUUUCUGCAGGUAGCUCCAGCUCACUGCGAUACGUUCUCAUACCAGAUUUAUUCGGCAUUGAUAUGAUUGCAGAUUUCUUUGGAAUUAACAUGUUCUUCAGCGCAUUUGCAGCUUUUAUUGGUUUACCAAAAGCAGGUGCAUUAUAUGACGCUACAGACAAUUACAUGGUUCCGUUUGUUGUUGCUGGAGCUGAACUGACUGUCAGUGGAAGUUUGCUAUUUCUUAUACCAUUUGUUCAAAGUUGCAGCAAAGUUCCUCUUCAAACUAAAUAAUGCUAUUAACAAAUACACACUGUUAGAUCAACGCCACUGUUGCUUCCUAUACUUUUUUGCAGAAGUAAUAUUUGCUGUUGUAAAUAGUAUGCUUUAAAAUAGCUUAAGAUGAUGUUGCCGACCGUAUCAUUCAUCAAGAUGGAGUUGUUGCUACUGUGUAAUCGGCGAUUCUGAACUCAUUUUCACGAAAUGAAAAAGAAGAGGCGUACAUCUGACAUGUAAUUUUUACUCAUUAUUUGUAACUAAAAAGGCAAUUGGAGUAUUAUUGAUAACUUAUUAUGUAAAUUGAACAUCGCAAUCUGUUUUUUAUGGAGUUGCAAAAUGUAAUAAAUUAUCUGCAUGUGUUAA